AUGGCCGCAUAUCUGUUCGGGCCUGUCCGGCAGCAGCCACAGCCACAGCCCCAGCCGGCUCCUCAGGUCCCCCCUCCUGGAGCCCGGGCAACAUUUGAGGGGGCCAGGGAUUUCGUGUUCGCGGAUGCUCGCGAAGGGAGGAGGGCACAGCGAGGGCAGGAGCGUGGUGGCAACGCGGGAAAUGGUGGCGUCGACACCGCGUCCCAACCCGAAGGGAGUGGGUUCCCGGAGGGCAACACGGUAUUGGAGUCCCAUCAGGGAUACCAGACAAAGGGGAUGGCGGAGCGGCUGCUUUUGGCAUCGGCCGUGGAGGGCGAGGACGAGCUUCAUCUGGACGUGGUCGCAGAGGGAGAGGCGGUGGCGUUGCAGGGGCGGGCCUUGGCAGGGGAGGUAGAGGAGUGCCCCCCGCGGGCGAUUGCGGAGGGCAGGGGGGCGCCGGAUCAGACUUCACGGGGGUUGGUGGUGGAGUACGGGGAGUGCCGCUCGGUGGGGCCGCCGGGGAGCAGGGGGAUGCCGGCGCGGGAUGGUCCGGCAUUGCAGGUGGAGGGAGGGGAGUCCCGCUUGGUGGGGCUCCUGGAGGGCAGGGGGGUGCAGGAGCAGGAUGGUCCGGCAUUGGAGGUGGAGGGAGGGGAGUCCCGCUUGGUGGGACUCCUGGAGGGCAGAUGGGUGCCGGAGCAGGAUGGUCCGGCAUUGGAGGUGGAGGGAGGGGAGUCCCGCUUGGUGGGGCUCCUGGAGGGCAGGGGGGUGCCGGAGCAGGAUGGUCCGGCAUUGGAGGUGGAGGGAGGGGAGUCCCGCUUGGUGGGGCUCCUGGAGGGCAGAUGGGGGCCGGAGCAGGAUGGUCAGGCAUUGGAGGUGGAGGGAGAGGAGUCCCGCUUGGUGAUGCUUCUGGAGGGCGAGGACGUGCCGGAGCAAGAUGGACCCAGGCGACACCAAAGCGGGCCACGCGGUGAUGUUACGUUUGGGGUUGGCCUGGGCGCGAAUUUCAUGGGUGGGGUGGGGUUCGUUGGAAGGGGGGGCUCACCAGUGCCCUCUGGGGACGACGUGCAGCGAGCUCCAGCAUGUGUGAGUGAUAAUGGUUUGGCAUCAUGCUCCACGGGUGAUGGGAUAGGCGCUCUCACCACUGUGGGGAACCCGGGUGCACGAGCAUUUGACGUCAACACGGUCCUGCGACGUGCCCGGGAGUGGUACCGGGCAGAGGACAUUGACACGGGGAGGACCACGGGCACUCAGGGAUCAGAGAUGGGUGGGUUUACUGAGCACUUCCACCUAGCAUCGGCUCUGGCUCUGCCAUGGCCAGACUGCGGGCAGCGGGGGAACAUUCCUGCGCAAGGGCCGGACGAGCCAGCAUGUGAGGAUGAUCCGGUGCCAGUGGAUGCUAGGGAGGAUGGGGAUGAGGCGGCCGAUGGUGAGGGAGAACCCGGAAUACAUGUGCGCACCGGGUUCUAUCGUAACAGGCCCGGAUCAUCUUAUCGCAUUGGGGGAAUCAUGCUGCUGCACUGGGCCCGUCUUUUUGCGGUGACACUGCGUUUUGGCAUCUACACAAGCAACGCCGCCGAGUCCAUCAACAGCGCUGUCCGCGGCAUCUGCAUGCUGCCACCAACAUGGCUCCUGGCAUCCCUUUGGGAUUGGUCUCGCGACAACUGGUAUGAGAGGAAGGAGAAGGCGCGCUGCAGGGAUGAGUAUCUCACGGCUGCCGCAUCGAAACGUCUGGACCAAAAGAAGCAGAGGUGCCAGGGGUAUUGGUUCAUCGGUGGGAACAACACUUGCGGGAACUGGGAGGAGUACCAGUUCCCUUGUGCCCACGCCGUGGCAAUGUGCAUUCUGAAGCAGCGGAGUGUGGAGAUCCUUGUGUCUGAGUACUACACCACUCGCAAUCUUCGCCAGACAUACAACCGGGAUGUGAUGGGUACCUGUGUGGACCGGCUGAUUAUGGAGGCUCCACUGGCAGAAGUGGGCGAGUGCGAUGCACCAGCGCUGAUUGAGACGAGGGUUGGGAGGCCAGAGAAUCACACCCGGUUUGAGGCACCACCGCACGCUUAUCGGUGUGGGCGAUGCCGACAGUAUGGGCACAACCGCAAAAGGUGCAAGUACAAGUACGGUGGGUACGGUCAGGCGCAGGCUGCGGUGGGGGAGGAGGUGGAGGAGGAGGAGGAGGAGGAGGAGGAGGGGGAGGAUGGAACUGCUACAGGAGAGCAUGAAGGGGGGCACCAAGCUGCCCCUGAAUGA